AUGCUUUACUGAGCGGUCAGAACCGUCGUCCCAGCCGGACCGUUCCAAUCCGCCGCGUCUGUGCCCAUAUCGGUCUGAUUCUCUCCGCCAUAGCCACCGGUUUUAGAGCUCCAUUGAGUUUACGUCGUGUGCAGUUGUGUUUUGCUGGGUUCCUCGCGUUUCGCUUGAUUUAUUGAUUGUAUUCCUUGUGCUUUUUGCUGUGCUUCUGAUUGCCAUACUCGGAGUGAUCGGUGCACUCGAAGAACAUCGAAACAGCGACGUAUUCCCUUAUCAAAGUGUGGCAAAAGGUCGUGUCGAAGGUGGGUUCCGUGGAAGGUUCGCGCCAUGAGCAUCAGUCGUACAAUCAUACAUGUGAUUAGCUGAAUUACUGCAAGCGCUAGUUCAGCACUCACAAUCAAUAAGCAUAGUUUAGGAGGUUUACGAUAUCAGCUAUAAAUACCCCUCGUACUGAGUGACAGAACAGAGAUUACAGGCGCCAAAAAAAGCGAAGUAAGAUGCCUUUGGACUGGUCCCUGCUCCUCGGCACUUUUGUGCUCAUCAGCAGCUCCUCCGUGGAAGCAGCCGCCACAGUGGGUCGGGCCUGCAAGGUGACGGAUACCAUGCCCGGAAUCUGCAGAGCCUCCGCCGAUUGUGAGCCCCUGAUCGAUGACUACAUCAAGUCGGGAGUCCUGACGCUCAAUGAUGUGCCCAGCUGUGGCCUCGGCGCUUGGGGUGAGAUCUUCUGCUGUCCCACCAAGCCGUGCUGUGACAAUAGUACCAUAACAAGCGCUUCCACAAGUUCCACCACAAGCACAAGAUCUCCACCAAUGGGCAGGACGAUCUUAACCAGUGGCCGUGUCGAUGUGUCGAUGUCCGAAAGCGGUGAUCGUCCGGCAGUGGCAGCCUGUAAGAAGAUUCGCGAGCGAAAACAGCAGAGGAGCGGCAACCAAUUGGUCAUACACAUCGUGGGUGGCUAUCCGGUUGAUCCGGGUGUAUAUCCCCACAUGGCGGCCAUUGGUUACAUCACCUUUGGCACCGAUUUCCGAUGCGGCGGAUCGCUAAUCGCCAGUCGCUUCGUCCUGACCGCCGCCCAUUGUGUCAACACCGACGCCAAUACGCCGGCCUUUGUCCGCUUGGGAGCUGUGAACAUUGAAAAUCCGGACCAAUCCUACCAGGAUAUCGUCGUACGAAACGUUAAGAUCCACCCACAAUAUGUGGGCAAUAAAUACAACGAUAUCGCCAUCUUGGAACUGGAACGUGACGUCGUCGAGACGGAUAACAUCCGGCCCGCUUGUCUUCACACGGAUGCCGCCGAUCCUCCAUCGAACUCCAAGUUCUUUGUCGCCGGUUGGGGCGUCCUCAAUGUAACCACUCGGGCGCGAUCAAAGAUCCUGCUGCGGGCUGGUCUGGAGCUGGUGCCUCUGGACCAGUGCAACAUAUCCUAUGCGGAGCAGCCCGGUUCCAUACGGCUGCUCAAGCAGGGCGUGGUCGAUUCGUUGCUGUGCGCCAUUGAUCAAAAGCUCAUCGCCGACGCAUGCAAGGGCGACUCCGGUGGGCCGCUGAUCCACGAGCUCAACGUGGAGGACGGCAUGUACACCAUAAUGGGCGUCAUCUCGUCGGGAUUCGGAUGCGCCACCGUCACCCCGGGACUCUAUACGCGUGUCUCCUCCUAUCUGGACUUUAUCGAGGGCAUCGUCUGGCCGGACAAUCGGGUGUAA